UACGAGUUUCUUCAGCCUCCCGCACCGGGGCAGGUCUACCCAUACAAACUGGGCCUGGCGGCGGACAUCGGUCAGACGAGCCUCUCUGAGAAGAACAUGAACGUGCUGAUUGAGGGCCUCGACGGGCUGGAGAAUAAUCCCGUUUUCCUCCUGGGGGGCGACCUGUCGUACGCCGACGGCUUCAACCCUCGUUGGGAUACCUGGUCCAUGAUGUUUGAGCCGCUCAUCUCCAAGGUUCAAAUGCUCACGUGCCCCGGUAACCACGAGGUGCGUCUGCCGACACAUCUCGGCAGCCAGCCACAACCUUGCCAUUAUUCCGCCACCUCGCCACAACCGUCGCAGGUGUCGUCGAGCGAGCAGUUUGUGAACUACGACGCGCGCUUCCCCACACCGUACAAGGCGUCCGGCUCGACCUCUCCGCACUGGUUUUCCAAGGAGGUCGGCCCCGUCCACGUCAUCUCCCUCUGCUCAUACUGCGCCACGCACCCGGGCUCGUGGCAGUACGAAUGGCUUGUCAGCGACUUCGAGUCGAUCGACCGCGAGAAGACUCCGUGGGUCAUCGUCAUGACGCAUGCGCCGUGGUACAACUCGAACUCCGCGCACCAGGGCGAGGCGGAGCCGCAUCGCGUGGACAUGGAGGAGCUCCUGUACGACAACGGCGUCGACAUUUUCAUGAACGGGCACGUGCACUCGUACGAGCGCUCCAUCGGUGUGUACAACGGCUGCCUCAACGAGUGCGCACCCAACUUUAUCACCCUCGGCGACGGAGGCAACUACGAGGGCACCUACUACAACUGGAUCCAGCCGCCGCCGUGGUCGGUGGUGCGCGAGUCGUCCUUCGGUGUGGCAUUCCUGGAGAUCGAGAAUGCGACACACGCGUACUGGAAUUGGACGAGG